AUGGCUCCCGAGAUGUGCCCCACGAGGCCGGAGCCCGCGCUAUCGUUUACCCAGGGCUUGAUAGUCGGCCAGCUCUCGGUGGUACUUUUGAUCGCAGCGUUCAUCAAGUUCUUCAUCUUCGGCGACCCUCCCUCUGCCGAGGUCACAGCCUCCAUUCGAGCAACGGAACGACGGUCGAGGACGCUGGCGCACAAGAAGUCGCUCCUCACUCUGAGGUCGACAAGUGCGCGCAGGGGCAGCCUCCACCAGCAGCACCCCGGCCUGAACAAGAAGAAGUCGAGCAACAUCCUGCGGCCCAGCCCGCCGCUGCUGACGAUCGGGUCCAUCCUCAACAAGACAUACUACAAGGUGGACAGCCACCAGCCGGAGAGCCUAGACUGGUUCAACGUGCUGAUCGCGCAAACCAUCGCUCAAUUCCGCAGCGAUGCGCAACACGACGACGCCAUCCUCACGUCUCUGACCAAGGCGCUGAACGGCACCUCGCGCCCGGACUUCCUGGACGAGAUCCGGGUCACCGAGCUGAGCCUGGGAGAGGAUUUCCCGAUCUUCAGCAACUGCAGGAUAAUACCCGUGGACGAGGACGGGGUCAGUGUGGGCCAGGGCAGGCCGUUUGACGCCAACAUGGCCACCGGGGACGGGGCUAGACUACAGGCCAGGAUGGACGUCGACCUAAGCGACAUGAUCACCCUGGCGCUCGAGACAAAGCUACUGCUCAACUACCCCAAGAAGCUCACCGCGGUACUGCCCGUGGCUCUUGCCGUGUCGGUCGUCCGCUUCAGCGGCACCCUCUCCAUAUCCUUCGUGCCCAGCAACCCGUCGCAGCUGACCCCCACCAAGAUGACGUUUACCUUCCUGGACGACUACCGGCUGGACUUUUCCAUCCGGAGCCUGGUGGGCAGCCGGUCCCGCCUGCAGGACGUGCCCAAAAUCGCGCAGCUCGUCGAGUCGAGGCUGCACCGCUGGUUCGACGAGAGGGCCGUCGAGCCGCGCUUCCAGGAGAUAGCCCUGCCGAGCUUCUGGCCGCGCAAGAAGAACACGCGAGGGGGCGACGAGGCGAUUGUGGAUGCGCAGCCACGGUCCAUGGGCAAGGCCAAGGGGCUGGAGAUUGGGCGGGACGUCAGGGAGGAGGCCAGGAAGGAGGUCGAGGCGGAGUCGAGCGCGAGGUCGGAGUGGGCGCAGGACUCGCUCCGCUACCGACGGCGGUCCAGGGUGGAGGACGCCUUCUCCAUGCCUGGAUCCCUGCCGGGCCUCAACGUCGACAUGCAGACUUGA